AUAGGGAUUCUUUCAACUCUGGGAAAUGGGUACGUUAUUUUUAUGUCUUCAAAGCGAAAAAAGAAGUUGAGACCUGCUGAAAUAAUGACUGUUAAUUUAGCAGUGUGUGAUCUGGGCAUUUCAGUUGUAGGAAAGCCCUUCAGUAUCAUUUCCUUCUUUUCUCACCGCUGGGUGUUUGGAUGGAUGGGCUGCCGUUGGUAUGGAUGGGCUGGUUUCUUCUUUGGCUGUGGGAGCCUUAUUACCAUGACAGCUGUCAGCCUGGAUAGAUACCUAAAAAUCUGUCACUUGUCUUAUGGUACUUGGCUUAAGAGACACCAUGCCUUUAUUUGUUUGGCAAUAAUCUGGGCCUAUGCAACGUUCUGGGCUACGGUGCCUUUUGCUGGUGUGGGAAGCUAUGCUCCUGAGCCUUUUGGGACCUCGUGCACUCUGGACUGGUGGCUGGCACAGGCUUCAGUGGCUGGGCAGGCUUUUAUUCUGAGUAUUCUUUUCUUUUGCCUCCUCUUCCCAACUGCAGUGAUUGUGUUUUCCUAUGUUAAAAUAAUUUUAAAAGUCAAGUCAUCCACCAAAGAGGUUGCUCACUAUGACAGCAGGAUCCAGAACAGCCACAUACUUGAAAUGAAGCUGACCAAGGUGGCAAUGUUGAUCUGUGCAGGAUUCCUCAUUGCCUGGAUCCCUUACGCUGUGGUCUCUGUAUGGUCAGCCUUUGGACAACCGGAUUCAGUUCCCAUUCAGUUUUCAGUGGUACCAACUCUGCUUGCAAAGUCAGCAGCCAUGUACAACCUAAUUUACCAGGUCAUUGAUUGUAAGUUUGCCUGUUGCCGGUCAGGUGGAUUGAAGACACUGCAGAAGAAGAACUCUUUGAAGAAACUGAGGAUGUAUACCAUAUCUUCACACAGAGAUUCAACAGGAAUGAAUGAAACCCAACUGGAAGUAUGA